UAGCCAUCCUAAUGGAUGGGUUUGGCUUUUGAUUUGAUUCUGAAAAAGAUGAGUAAGAGAGUUGGGUGGGAAGGGUAGUAGGUUGGUGGGGGGCGCAUAUCAUCAGCAGCAAAGGUAUGAAAAAGCUAGAGGUUCUCCAGGGGAGGGUGUGUCCUAGGGACAGAGCAGCCUUGUGGCUGGAGGUUACAGAGCAUGGGGCAGAGAUGGCAGGAGAUGAGGACUGAAGGCAGGGGCCACAGUCCUAUCACAGAGGCCCAAGUCCUGGCUGAGAAGCUUGACUUGACUCUACUGUUACAACAGGUGGCUCUGGAGUCUGGACGGGUUAAACAGUCUUGCAGCCAGGGAGCUCUCCAAUGUCCUUAUGAGUCCCAUAUUCAUGGUGUGACCCUAUGCCUCACGAGAUGUGACCAGGCCAAGUUAUUCUCCCCAUCUGAGCCUUAGUUUCCUCUUGUGUACAAUGAGGGUGCAAUGGUGCCUAUAAAAGAAAAUGGGUAAGGUGCUAGACAAGGAAGCUGCUGUGAUGGGAAACUUUGGGCUGACCAGGGCAGGCGGCCUUGCUGCAGAGCUGACUCAUUUGGCCUGUUCUGGCUUUCCUGGCAGCCAGGACUCCCAGCCCAGUGGACCUUGGCUUAUAGCCUUUCAUCACUCCUCCAUGAGUCCUAGAGCCAUGGGGCUCAGGCCAGAAGAGAAGCAGCAAUGUAGCUGCAGGCAUGUCUGGGCCACCCUGAGAAUACCCGAGCAGACCCAGGGCUGGCUAAAGUGCACAGGGCUGGAGAGUGUGCACAUCCACACCUCACUGACACCUCAAAACAGCCUUUCCAGGAAGCUACAGUCAUAGGUCCAUGUCACAGAAGAGGAAAUCAAAGUUGGCAAGGGUAACUUGCCCAAGGUCAGCACCUAGGAAGUGGCAGAGCCAGAUUUAAAUGUGUCUUUGAGGAUUUAUGUGUUAUUGGGUAGUUGGACCAGAUGCAUGUAUUCAUUCCCUUGUCAUUCAACAAAUAUUUCCUGAACAUUUACAAUGUGCUAGAUGCUGCACCAGGAGGAAAUGAGACAAGUGUCUGUCCUCAGGCCUCUGUAAAGGUCUCUAACCAAGGGCUGGGAAUGACCUCCAAUUGAGCGCUGUUGUGUGCCAAGAGUAUUACCUAAAUCAGGUCAUUUCAUCCUCACAGCAGCCUGGGAGAUAGAGAUAAUUACUUUCAUUUUAUAGAAUGAAACUGACAAUGCUGUGACUCAGAGAAAGAAGUGACUUGCUCAAAGUCCCACGGCUGGGAAGGGCAGAGUCUGCUUAGAUGACCCAGGCUUUCCGUUCUGUGCAUGUUCCUGAGGCCUGCCACCUCUGACCAUCAGCUCAGUGGUGCAGUGCAGACGCUCUGCCGGCAGUGGCCCGCCAGGCCUGGAGCCUAAGAGUCCAGCUCUCAGCUGUGCUGGGGAGCCACACUUCUUAUUUAACUACUAGCUUGGGAUGUCAGAAGGGCAUUGGGUGGGGCCUGGCAGAAGACCCACUGUGCCUCUGGUCCAGCUUCACCAUGGGCUGGAAGCAGGGCCUCUGGUACAACCUACACCUCUCUGGCUUCAAUCCUGUCACCAUGGAAUGGGGUAUGGAUCUCUGCCCCACCUUUGCCUAAGACCCUUGGAAAGAUCACGAGCCAUCGUGGGAGAAGUUAGACAAUCUCAGAGCAUGGCUGUGGAGCACUGGUUGGGGGGUAAAGAAGGAGGGAAGAGAGAGCUGACUAUGCUUUGUGUGGGGUACAUACCCUCAAUUCCUUUCUUUACUUGGAAAGUCAUCCAUAUGCUUCAAUGUUGAGUUUGGAAUUCUCCUCCUCCAAGAAGUCUUCCCUGACCUACCCACCCACAGGCUGGGUCAGAGGCCUUCCUCUCUCAUAGACCUGACCCUAGUAUGUGGUCAUUGCUUCCCCCAUUAUUUUCAGGGCAGGGACCAUAUCUGGGUCCCAGGCAUUCUGCACAGUGUCUGCCCAGAGUGGGUGCCAGGGACGUCUAGGGGCCGGUUGAGUCCCGACUACCCCUGCAGCUUUGCCCAGCCCUCCACCCUCUGGCUCUCCUUGCCCUUUCCCCCUUACUUCUGCUCCCCUGACUCCCAAAGUGGAGAAGGAGCUGGGAUGUCAUUUGCCCAAGUCGGCCCUCUCUGUGGGCCUCAGUUUCCCAUCAGCACAAGGUGAACAUUAAAAGGUUCUUUCUGAGCCUAGGCAGGCUCCAUGCAGGGCUCUGGGAUAAAGCCAGAAAUCAGAAACACUUCCCCAACACAUGACUGUAAGACCCCACCCAAUGGCAUCCAUAUUAAAUACAAGAAAGGCCAUUACAUCUGCAGGGGCCAGGGAAGGACCCUGAAAAUGUGCAUGGACAAGUGAAAAAUCAGCGGGCUACGAGCACACGCCGGUGGGGGCGCCACGUGGGCGAGGGCGCGGCCCACAGCUCCGGGGCGCAUCACAAGGCCCAGGUUGCCGUGGCAGCAGCGGAGGCGGGCGGCGCGCAGGCCUGCCAUGAGGGAAAGCCAGGAUGCCGCCGGAGCUCAUGGCUGGAACCGCGUCGGCUCCAUGGCCACCAAGUGGUUCACCGGGGCGCCCUUCGGGGUGCAGAGCCACAGGUUUGACAUCUCUGCUGUUUAUCCCAACCGGAAGAAGUUCAGCACCUUCACUGAGGCCCCAUACUCCACGCGUUAUUCUACCCAAAUGUCCCACAUAGGCCCUGGGACUUACAGCUCCAAGGAGACCUGCUUCAGCAAGAAGAAGCUGAUGAAGGAGGUGGACACAGGCUGGGCCAAGGCCCAGGAAGCCACGCGGCUGACCCAGCUACCCCACUUCCAGUACCAGGCCAUCCUGAAAGAGAAGCGGCUGAAGGAGCAAAAGCUGGGGCCCGGCUCCUACAACCUCAAAGACUUCUUAGAACAGCUGCAGGAGAAACCAUGUAGCACCCGGGGGCUGCUCAGCUCUGGGGAGGUUCGCUUCCGAGGACUCAUCGGGAACUACUAUCCAGGCCCUGGAAAUUAUGGGGAAAAGGGUAACCCAUACACCAAGCUGGAGGAGAAUGCCUGGAACCGGUCCCAUUCCGAGGGCCUCAUGUGCAGGAUGAGCAACAAGCUGCACCCCCGGCCUCAUCAGGGGAGUGGUCUGGGACCCGGCACCUACUCCUUCAAAAGCGACCUUGAGACAUAUGUGGCACGAUCCAUCGGCACCCGCGGCCCCUAUGACACUUUCUCUGGUGAUCGGAGCAAGCCACUGCCUUAUGGGCACUACUCCACACAGAAAAAAAAGCCCAGGGAACUGAUGAAUUUCAAGAGCUUCGUAGAAGAACUUAACUCACGUCACAAUAAGAAGCAUGGGGUUUUUUCUAAACUUCCCCGAAACCCGAAAACCCCUACAGAGAGGAUUUACUGGGCCAACCUUAGCCAGUGCCCCCGCACACUGGCCACAUCUGGCCCCAGUUUCUGGCUUCCACAAGAGAAGAAAUGCAAACUUGUCAACCAGCCCCCAUUCCUGUUGACCUCCAAAGGGUCAGGCGCAAAGGCCUGCCAGAUGAUUAUGGGAAGCUGGAACCCAGUAGGUGUGGGCCGCUACCUCAACACCUGGUUGAUGGAGACAAAGGACAGGCGGCAGCGAUAUCGAUCCCUAUUCCUGAGUGGAUCCAAACGCUACCUCUCAGACCUGGCCCGGGACAUGCUCAUGCAGGAAAGGAUCACACCAUUUACUAAGGGGAAGUGCCCUCCAACUGUGGAUUACAAUUCAGAUCCUACUCCUUAAAGCCACAUGUGAAGGACAGCCCGCAGUGACCGGAGAGCCCUAAGGCCUGAAGACAAAUCUGGGGGUGACAGCAUGGGCAUGGGAGUGGGGUGUCUUAGAGAAAGGACACAUGGGCCUGGGAGAGGGGAGAGAUGUAUGGGGAUCACCUUUGCUGGAGCUGCAUACCUGAAGGUCACAGUGUCUUCUGGGACAGCUGGGGACAGGUAUCUUUUGUUGCAGGAGAUCAAUUAUCCUGAGAACUCAACUCAGCCAGUGACACGAACAUGGGGGCCAGAGAGCAGAUGGACUGAAGGGAUGGGACGUGGUUGACACUCGUGGGACCUUUUCUAUUCUAAAGCCAGAGUGCUUGGCUCCUUGUUUAUUAAAGUUCAGAAAGUGG